GAUCAUGGGGAGGGGGAAGAGGAAAUGGAGGAGGGGGAGGAGGACGAGCUUACGGCUGCGCAAGCGCCGGCGGUGAAAACGAACGGCAAGGCAUCCGCGAACGGGAAGAAGCGGGGUGCACCUGCUGCGGCCGCGCCGCCGGCAAAGAAGGGGCGGAAAGCUGCUGCGCUGCCGGUGGACGUUGUUGAGGUGGUGGCUGCGAAGGCGAAGGGGAGGGGGAGGAAGGCUGCACCCGCGGCUGCGGCUGUUGAAGCUGAGGAGGAAGAAGAGGAGGUGAAGGAGGUGGCAGUGGCGAAGUCGAAGCGCGGUAAGAAGGAGGUGGUCGAGGUGGAGAUCGCAGAGACGCAGGAUGUCUACAUGCACGAUGUUUGUGUUGAGUCUGUGCCCGCUGCGCGGAAGAUGGGUGCCCUGGUGGAUAGGCGUAAGGAGCUGUUGCGGCUGGAGGAGAUGCGGAAGAUCGAGGCUGAGGAGCGGCUGGAGGAGUUCGUGAGGAACAGCGAGGCUAUUCAAACUGAUGCGGGCAAGGUCAUUGCGGCGCUGCAAGCCGAUCUGGCGGCGCAAACGGCGCUGGCGGCGGAGUCGCGCUCGUUAACGAAGAAGCUCGCGGCGAAGGAUGCCGAGAACGCGAAGCUUUCGGUCAAGAUCGCGGAGCUGAGCAAGACCGUGGCUACAGCGCAGAAGGAUAAUCAGGUGUUGCAGGCGAAGCUGACGGCUGCCGAGUCGAGCAGGACUCAGGUGCCCGGGAGUGCUAUGAAGCCCGGUCGCGGAGGCGUGGUGGCAAUGGCGAUGGCGGGCAUCGCGGGUGAUCAUGCCUGGAAGUCCCAAGUCAAGGAGGAACUGUAUCAGGACCUCACGAACUUGGUGAUUAUGACUAUCAAGAAGGACGCCGAGACGCAUGUGUUCGAGUGCCUGCAGACCGGGACGAAUGGAACACUCCACUUCCGCCUCAAUGUCCGCGCUCCAAAUACCGCUCGUAAAUCCAAGCCCCCCGGCACCGGUGAAGAUUCGGAUGAUAAAGACGACGAAGAUUACGUCUUCAUGCCCAUUCUCAACGAGCAGCGGGACGAAUUCGUGAUCUCUUUGUUACCAGACUACCUCCGCCAGGAGAUCAGCUUUUCGAGGGAUCACGCGGCAAGGUUCUUUCAAAAGAUCCAUACCAUCCUCAUGAAGCCCCCGAUUAUUGAGGACGACGAUGAGACUGAAGAGGAUGAUGAGGGAAGUGGGGAGGAGGGAGACGACACCAUGGCUACCGCUAUCGAAGAUACUACUAUCCCUGAUGGCGAGUAGAAUGGAUGCGUUUUCGUUGCGCGGUUUUGGAAGCCUUUUUGCCCCAUCUUUCCUUCCGCAACUCCUAUGGUUGCGUUUUUGUAAGAUAUACUUCUUUCCCGUUUUGGCUUCGUUUUGGCUCCGUUCGACAGAUAUCCUGAUUGAAUUUUGUAUUUCAAUUUUGUUUCCUGCUUUUCGUAUGUACUGGUAGUAUGAUAGGUGGGAUUGAAGUGAGUCUCGUUGAGUCACGAUGACCUACUCGCUCCCACAUGACCGCUUUCACAUGGCUAUUGUAGCCGUGAUACCCAGC